AGGGUGAUUGGGUUUAAGUAGCAGAGAGAACAAGCAAGAAGACAGAAUGCAAAAUGAUUGCAUGCAUUUGAUCAGGAUUUAUGUUUUGUGCAGGAGUUGUGGUCCUGAAGUUGAAGACAAAAAAGAAAACAAUGAUAGUUUGUAGUUCGCUAUUCUGCAGCUGGAGUGCAAAAGAAACUGAAUAAUAAUUAUUAAUGAGAGUGAUUUUUUUCUUCACCUACUAGAUGCAGGUACUCACUCUGUUUUUCAAACCCCCCUUGAUCCUUUCCCAUGAAUAAAUUCACACGAACCUUUUGCUCCACCUCUCUUUCGUUUGCAGAUGUCAGUGAUGUAAUGGCAACGGAUGGUGGUUGUUAGUGCAUGUGUGCACUCAGCCUAGAUCCCAGAGAUACAGAGCCAAGCAAGGGACAAAAAGGGAAACCAGGAAACAGAGUGGAAGAAGUGAUCACUGAGAUUUCACGUCACCCUGCUGACGAGUUCCUGUAACUCAAAUUGCAGUGGAAGUUAAUGCUGUGACGGUUCAGGACUGUUUUGGCAGCAAAAGAGGGACCAACACAAUAUUAGGUAAGCAGAUACAGCAAUGGAGUCUACCCCAGGAGAAUUGAGUGGCAACACAGAGGAUGUCACAGGAAGGAAGAAGUCAAGGUUCAAGUUCCUCAAAGGCCGUCUUUUUGGGCGUCUUAAGAAAAAGGAGACUGAGGGACGGAUGAAGCAGAGCCAGUCUACUGGUGAUGUUACUGCACAAGAGGGCGGGAGAGGCGAGGAUGACUCCGAGGAUGAAUGUCAAUACCCAGAGGGGACGUUAGGUUCCAGGGCAUUGUCUCACGACAGCAUCUUCCUGGCUGACCAGGUUCAGUCCUCACAGCCAACACGGGUUCUCUCACAGGAGAAUGUUCACAGCAAGAUUAAAGCUCUGCAGUUGAAGCUACAGCAACAGAACAUUCAACUAGCUCCUCCAUUAAUGAUUCCUCGAAGACGAAUAGAAGACUCUGGAGCAACAUCUGAGGAUGAUGGCUUACCUCAUAGUCCUCCUGAGAUGUCCUUCCAAGAGGUAGCCAUGCAAAAAGGAGCCUCUAAGUAUCCUGAGGUUAAAAACAAUCUCAGCUGGUUAAGUUUAACAGGAACCGGCAGUGAAGAGGAAGAGCAGGGUGGUUUCUCACAACCCUCAUCAAGACCCCUUUCUCCAGUCUCCAAGUUGUCACCAAAAGAAUCACAUUUAACUGGUGUUGAUUUCUCAAGCCCUGCCCAGUAUGUUCCCAUAUUAGACAAUUCAGCUGCUCGUCAUCGCCUGUCAGUCAAGCCCAGAAUCAACGAGCUAGCACCAAAGGAAAAAAACCUAAUCUGUACCGUCCUCGGUCCAGCAGCAUGAACAGCCUCGAUCUUCCACUGUCAGAGACGGAAGAAACACAACAAAGUAUCACACCAACGCAGAUCGUGCAGCCUUUCUCUGAAACCUCUGAACAUUCAACUCAAUCUAAG